CGCGCGCUGUGUCCAGCGAGCAUUGGCCACUGGCAUCCCAUCCAGCGAGCAUCUGCCUCCGCGCCACCCUCCCAGAGAGCGUCUGCUGGGUCUGCCGCCCCCGCCUGGAGAUGUUAGAGGUCCUCGCUGCCGGCGUCUGGCCGGUCCUCCUCCUGCUGACUGCCCAGGUGACAGCCGGCGCUCGGUGGCAGUGUGAGCCCUGCCCCCCCGAGAAGCUCACGAACUGCGAUCCGGUGCCCGACACGUGCCUGGAGGUCACCCGGUACGCCAGCUGCGACUGCUGCCCGGUGUGCGCCCUGACUCUGGGAGAAUCGUGCGGCGUGAAAACUGCACGCUGCGCCCGGGGACUCACUUGCCAACCGCUGCCAGGGGAGAAGAAACCGCUGCGCUCCCUCAUCCUCGGCAAGGGCGUCUGCAUUCAGAACUCUGCCAAAGCCGAUGCUACAGAUAACACAGAUACCCCUGGGGAGGAACUCAUAGAGAAUUCCCGUCGGCCUGCCUCUUCUCUACAGGAUCGUUCCAUGGCUGACGGCAGGACGGAGAUCGAAAUCACCAACAACAAUUCGAAGGAGCCCUGCCGAAGAGAACUUUACAGAGUCCUAGAUAAUUUAGCCAAGAUUGAGGAGUCAACAGGAGAACGAGUUUACAGAUUUUAUCUGCCAAACUGCAACAAGAAUGGAUUUUAUCACCCCAAACAGUGUGAGUCAGCCUUGGAUGGAGGGCCGAGGCUCUGCUGGUGCGUCUACCCUUGGAAUGGGAAGAGAAUCCCAGGGUCUCCAGAGUCCAGGGUGGACCCCGACUGUGACUUAUAUCUUAAUGCACAGAACUGAAAACAGAUGAAAUAACAUUCUGUCACGUGAAAUAUUUAAGCAUAUAGUAUAUUUGUACUGUAGAACACACGCAUUUUAAUAUGUAUGCAUAUGUUUUAUAGUAACUACUUUUUAUACUCCAUAUAUAACUUGACAUAUAAAGCUGUUUAUUUAUUCACUGUAAGUUUAUUUUUCUACACAAUAAAAACCUGUACUAUAUCAAUUUGUAUAUCAUGAAACACUUCUCAUCAUAUCGUAUGUAAAUGCUUGCAUUUCCACUCUUCCAAAGCUCCGGCAUCUGUUUUAAAGAGUGUGGAAAAAUACUGCCUAGAAAAUGCAAAAUGAAAUACGGGGUAGUUUUCAGGUAGUUUAAAGGAGGAUGGUUAACUCGUAGAUUUCACCAUUCACGUUUGAUGUACAUGUGUAGGAAAGUUAAAGUGUUGAUUCCAUAAUCAAAGCUACCUGUGGUGAUGUUGCUACCUGUUAAAAUAUACAUUGGAUAUGCUGUUAUACACGUGGCUAUAGUGGAAACAUUUACAAUAAAUAUUCUGCAUGGAAA